AUGCGAUGGGAAUUGGUGACGAGAGGGACAUCGGUGACAGCACGUUGGCCUGUGCGAGUCGAGACGACUCGAGCACCGGCCGUGGCUGUAGCGGUCGACGUGGCCUCCGGGGGGGCGCCGUCGGGCGAGGGCGCCGGGGGCGUGCGGACGGACGAGGCCGCCGCUACUGAUGCGCCGGCGGGCGCGCGCGGUGGAAGCGCGCAGCCGAGCGAGGCCGCCGGGGGCGCGCCUGCGGGCGCGCGCGGCGGAAGCGCGCGGUCGAGUGAGGCCGCCGGGGGCGCGCCGGCGGGCGUGCACGUCGGAAGCGGGCCAUCAGGCGAGGCCGCCGGGGGCGCGCCGGCAGGCAAGGCUGUCGAGGGCGCGCCGGCGGGUGAGGACGGCAGGGGCGCGCCGGAGGGCGCACGUGGCAGAAGCGCACGGCCGGGCAAGAGGGGCAUGCCGACGGGCAAGGCCGUCGAGGGCGCGCCGGCGAGCGGGCGGGCCACCGCGGGCGCGCGAGGCGCGGGUGACACCGAGGUCACGCCGGCCACGCGGGACGCCGAGACCGCGCAUGGCGCGGGAAGGGGCGAAGCCGCAGUGUGGCUGGGGGCGACAGGGGCAUCCGCGGGAGGCGCAGCUGGAGCAGUGGUGGCGCGCCGAGGUCCUGCAAGAGAAGGUGGACAAGGCGGGCCGAGGGGCACCGACUGGACCGUAAAGUCAGCGAGAAACUCAAAAUCGCUGGGAAGCGAGGAACGAGUACGGGCAAAUGGAAAUUGGGUCUCAUCAAAAACCACAUGGCGUGAAAUGAUGACGCGAUUAGUGGAGAGAUCAAGACACCGAUAG